UCACCCUCUUGAGCGAGCUCUUAACCAACUGAGCCCCUCCACCGGCCCUAGCCCUUCCUUUUCUGUCUGGGUACUGGUCCAUGGCUCCAGGCUUCAGCCUCCCUGCCUGUCCUGCUAUGUGCCGACCACGAGCCAGAAGGGCGCCCGUGUGCAGAGCUCCCCGCUGCGCGGUGCCAGGCACGGUGCUCCUGCUACUCACCUACCUGGCUUACUUGGCACUGGGCACCGGUGUGUUCUGGAUGCUGGAGAGCCCCGCGGCGAAGGAUUCCAGGGCUAGAUUCCAGCGCGACAAGUGGGCGCUGCUGCGGAACUUCACCUGUCUGGACGGCCCGGCGCUGGAUUCGCUGAUCAGGGGCAUCAUUGAAGCGUACCAAAGUGGGGACAUCGUCCUCGGCAACACCACCAGCAUGGGGCGCUGGGAGCUCAUAGGUUCCUUCUUCUUUUCCGUGUCCACCAUCACCACCAUUGGCUAUGGCAACCUCAGCCCCCACACGAUGGCCGCCCGCCUCUUCUGCAUCUUCUUUGCUCUGGUGGGGAUCCCACUCAACCUCGUGGUGCUCAACCACCUGGGGCACCUCAUGCGACGGGGAGUACAUGGCUGCGCCCGCAGGCUGGGGGGCGCCUGGCAGGACCCGGUCAAGGCCCGCUGGCUGGCAGGCUCCAGCGCCCUCCUCUCGGGCCUCCUGCUUUUCCUGCUGCUGCCCCCGCUGCUCUUCUCCCACAUGGAGGGCUGGAGCUACGUGGAGGGCUUCUACUUCUCCUUCAUCACCCUCAGCACCGUGGGCUUCGGCGACUACGUGAUUGGGAUGGACCCCUCCCGGACGUACCCGCUGUGGUACAAGAACACAGUCUCCCUGUGGAUCCUCUUUGGGAUGGCGUGGCUGGCCUUGAUCAUCAAGCUGAUCCUCUCCCUGAUGGAGACCCCCGGGAGAUCGUAUUCCUGCUACCACCACAGCUCUAAGGGGAAAUUCAAGCCCCGAAGCUGGAGGCAGGGCCCAGAUGGAGAGGCAGAGCCCCACCCCCCACAGCCAGACUGCUACCCGGAGCGGCCUAUGGGAAUCAUGCAACAUCAGGAACCCUCUACUCAGAUCUCAUGCUGUAGAAAGGGCAGCUAGCUAUACUCCAGUAUUAGUCCCAUCUUCCUCCUCAGUAAUAAGACCUCUUAUUUUAAGCUUGGCACAUGACCACCCAGACAAAAAACUACAUUUUUUGUCUUCUCUUCAGGCUAGGUACAGCUAUAUGGUUCAAUUCUGCCCAGUAGGAUACAUCAAGAGGUAUCCUGUGUGACAUUGGAUGUGACUUUCAAUGCAGGGGGUGGGCGGGUGGGGGGCCGUGUGUGCUUCUCUUCCCCCACUUCCUUCUUUUAGUUGCAAUGCUAAUAUGGUGGCUGGAGCUCUGGCAACCUUAUGGCACCAUGAGGUAGAGGCCAUGUUUGAGACUGGUGACACAAUAAAGUAGAAAGAGCCUGGGUUCCUGAUGGUUACAGAGCCACCAUAACAAACUUGGACUGAAAAAGAAGAAAAAAGAAGAUGAAAAGAAAAAAAAAACAACAACAACAAAAAAUAAAUAAAUAAAUAAACUUGGACUGAAUAACACCA